CAAUCACAAAGAAGAAAAGAAGAUCCCACCCACGCCCAUCCCACUCAGAUGCUCACCCCCUCUUAACACCCAAAUUCUCCAAAAGUUCUCUCUUUCAUAAUUUUCCUGAGAAAAUUUCUUUGAAAACAACAUGGGUUUCGUUUUAAAUUAAAGAUUUUGUUUUUCUGAAACAGCCUGUAGUUGGAAAUUAUGGAGUCUCAGAGCAGUAAAAGUAGCAGUACUACCCCUACUACCAGCACUGACCACCGCCACCACCAGGCCCGCCAGAAACAAGAAGCAGCAGCAGCUUCGCUACAGUUAGUUGCUCUGGAUAGUCAACCACCAACCGCCGUUAGUGGUGGCGCACAUGGGUCCUCGUCUCCGGCCCCAGCUCAUGUCCCAUUCAUGGGCUCCAUCCCCAACCAAACUGGGGCUCCUCAUCAUUCUUCCGCCACUUCCACUACUCCUACUUCUUCUACUGUCAUCACAAACAAACCCAAUAAAAGACCCACUAAAGACCGCCACACCAAGGUCGAUGGCCGUGGCCGUCGCAUCCGUAUGCCCGCCGUCUGUGCUGCCAGGGUUUUUCAGCUUACUCGGGAAUUGGGUCACAAAUCCGAUGGAGAAACUAUAGAGUGGCUUUUACAACAAGCGGAGCCUUCCAUCAUCGCUGUCACCGGAACCGGAACUAUUCCAGCCAAUUUCUCGAGCCUUAACGUCUCUCUCCGUGGCAGCGGGUCUACAAUUUCGACACCGGCGUCGAAAUCAGCUCCCGUCUCCUUUCACAGCGCUUUGGGUUUUUAUAACAGUAAUGGGGAUGAUCAGAACCGGAGAUUCAGCGGCAACACGGCCGCCAUGUUGGGGUUCCACCAUCAGCUUUACCCUCAGAUCUUGAACGACGGUUCUAUGAGAAGCUCCGAUGAGAAUUUCGCUACGAAACCAUUCAGAGAAGAUCUUUUCAAGGAGUCCUCACAGCAGACCGCCGAAACUAGCGGCGUAAAUGCUGAUUCUACUAAACCGGGAAGAACCGGAAUGCAGGACCACCAAGAACCCGGUUCGGUUCGUACAGCAGCAGCCAACGUCAUGCCAGCUCCCGCUAUGUGGGCAGUUGCACAGGCCACCACCAACGGUGGCAAUGCAUUUUGGAUGCUCCCAGUAGGCGGCGGUGCACCCACUUCAAACGCCAUGCCAGAAGCCCAGAUGUGGACGUUCCCAGCUCACUACUCGGGUGGUGGCGGCCGGGUUAGCCCUGUUCAGCUCGGUUCAAUGAUAAUACAACCACAAAUGGGAGGUCAACAGCUGGGGUUAAGCGUCACGGCAGAGAAUAACAUGGCGGUUCUGGCCCCCGGCGGCGGCGUAAAUGCAUACGGUGGCAGUUCUAGAGUUGGUUUAGGGAUGAAUUUGGAGCAGCAGCAGCAUCAAGAAAGCCAUACUCAAGGCAGUGAAAGUGGAGAUGAUGAAAACCCUAAUGCAGAUUCUCAAUGAUAAUUAAAAUUUCAAUUUAUAUUUAUUUUCUCUUGUAUAUUUCCUUUUGUUGCCUUUUUUAUUCUGGGGUUUGUUGUUUGUAGCAGAAAAUGCAGAAAUGAGAUUCAUUCGCAGUUGAGUCUGUUACAAUUUUUUUUUUUCAACAAAGGACGGUGAUAAAAUCACUGAAAAUUA